AAUCGAAUCCCAAAAAAGGGUUACUGGUAAAUCCGUCGUCUCUCGCUCUCUCUCUCGUUCUUUAGCUUGGUCUCUCUGAACAAAACAUGGCGGGAGCUUCGUCUAAGUCUACUCCGAGAGCAAGAAAGAGAGUCGAAGUGGAGAAAAGUACUUUGAAACGUGCCAAGGAUGGAAGCGCUUUCACUAGAUGUGAAGAAUGUAAUAAAGAUGUCCCCGUGGUGCUUAUCGACAUGCAUAGUUGUAGCCUUGAUUCUAAGAUCAAGAUGAAUUUGGACGCUCAAGUUGUGGAAAGAGUUACUGAAGUUAAUAAACCUACAGAAAAGAAGAGGAAAGCAGUAUCAUCAGAGCCAAAGACAAAGAAAAGUAAAAAGGAAAAGAAAGUGAAGGAUCCCAACAUUCCUAAGCGUCCUCCAACUGCAUUCUUCGUUUUCAUGGAGGAAUUUAGAAAGGUAUACAAAGAAGAGCACCCAGACAACAAGAAUGUUUCAGUGGUUUCUAAAGAAGCUGGAGAGAAAUGGAAAUCAAUGUCAGAUGAAGAGAAGAAGCCUUACUUGGAUAGAGUUGCAGGGCUUAAGGCAGAGUAUGAGAAGGCCAUGGAGGCCUACAAUGCUGGAAAGGAAGAGGAACAAGGAGGCUCAGAGAGGGAAGAGGAAGAAGCGGAAGCAGAACAGUAGAUUAUAAGGAAGAAUAUUCAUAGAGGCCAUUUUGAGUAACCUUAAAUGUAUGGGUUGACUGCCAUCUGUAAAUGCUUAAACCAGUUGUGAUCAUUGGGUUUUGUUAGUGGAAUCCAUUUCAUAAUAGCAUUCCAAUUUCAAUUCUACA